CAUCUCCAACAACUCCGGGACUGCUGCCCGCCCGCCCGGCACCGCCCGAUGCGCGCUCUGGCUCUCGUCGCCGCGCUCUCUGCGCUGGCAGCGCUCGGCGCCGCCGCCUCCUCCUCGCCCAACGCCACGGAGCCCCAGCGGGACCCCGAGCCCCGCGUGGGAGACGCCGUGUCUGGCACCGACUACGAUGACGAUGAGGAGUACGAGGAGGGGCUGCCCGUGCACCAGUAUCUCGUGGAUGAGCUGAUUCGAGUUGAACCUGUGGUUAAACCCAAGCCAACAAAGAGGGGGGGUGAGAAGAAUGCCGGUAAAUCAAGAAGGAAGAAAAACAAAGGGAAAAACAAAAAGAAAGGGACUCCUUGUGAAAUGGAAUACAAAAACUUUUGCAUCCAUGGUGAAUGCAUAUACCUAGAACAUCUCCAGAUGGUGACCUGCAAGUGUCAUCAGGAUUAUUUUGGUGAGCGCUGUGGUGAGCAGUUCAUGAAGACUCAAAGGAAGAAUGAUGUGGCAGACUACUCGAAGACUGUCUUGGUGGUUGUAGCUGUCCUGCUCUCAAGCAUCAGCUUCGUCACUGUACUCAUCAUAGUGAUAGUGCAGGUCAGGAAAAAGUGUCCUCGGUAUGAAGAGAAGGAAGAAAGAAAGAAACUUCGACAAGAGAACCGAAAUGGACAUGUUGGUGUGUAAAUGAGGAGAAAACAGAACAGUUCUGAUGUGGCUACUGCCAAGCUGCAGGGUGCCUCUGGGUGCCUGACACAUCCACCUGGACACUGUGGGCUGGAGCUUCUGCCACUGAGCCCUGAUUCAUCAGGCUCCUGCAAGGAGAUGUCAACAUGCCAUUUGCCGCUGAAUCGCUUGCUGGGGAGGACAGUUAACACCACGUCUUGGCACAGUGAUUUGGAAGAAGCUGCUGCCUCUGGGUAGAGGAACAUCUACCAAGACCUGCUAGAGACUAUGGCUACUGAGCCCUCCGUCAGUGCUGGAGCUCCGGUCUCUGCUGGUGUGUGGAUGGACUUCUCCUGUUAGCAAGGCUCCUUUGGCAGCUCUGACUCUGAGAGAGAUGGUUGCAGCUUUCAGAAAUGGAUGCAGGGGAGAAAAUUCCCUUCCCUUUCCCGAAGUGAAGAAGGGAAGAGCUCUGGUUGGCUUCUUGCCCUAGACCUCAGUGGAUGUGAACCCUAAUUCUGCUGUUGCUGUGCUCCCUGGUGGUAUCAGCUUUAAAACACUUCAUCUCUAGUUCUGACUUGCAGGACAUUGGUGACAUAAUUGUCAGCCACACCUGGGUUCUGUUACUGUGUGUGUGGAAGGUAACCCUCUGAGUUCAGUAGGACUCCUUGUGUGAGUGGAGCUAGCCUUUUGCGUGUAUGCUAGCCUGAGUUAAAAUGGGUCUCUUUGGGAUGCUGAGACAGGAAAUGCAAGAUCUGAAGCUCUGUAUCUGAAGGAAAAGAUGUGUGCUCUAACAAGCUGAUAAUCUUGGACCUGUCAGUUGUACACACAAAUCUCUUUCUGUUACCCAGAUACUCGAUGCUGCUCUAGCAUCUCUUGAAGUUUAAAAUGCUUCCUAUCAGAUUCAGUCAGUGGAACUUGACCAAGAACCUCUUCCUUUGAAGAUUUAAGUUCAUGCACUGACACUCUGCAAGCUGUAGUCUCCUGCGCUCUACCUUCUGGUGUGAAGAACUCUAUUUACCUCAGACAUCUCUGACCCAAGUGCCUUUGGUCUCUUGAACUGUCCGUGCAGUCUGGAGCACACCAUUACUUGAGUUGAGCUGCUUCUUCGGAGAGUGAAUGUGCUCUGUAUAAACAGAGCAGUAUUCUUCUGGUAGCAGAGAAACAACAUUAAUUGUCAAGUCAUCUCUGUAACUGUGUAAAUAUUUAUUACUGUAUUUAAUAUUUAAUGUUUCCAUUACAAACUUAUUUAUUUUAUAAUUAAACUUUUUACAUAAUGUAA